AUGUCUUCUUUAUUGGUGUUUUUUGUUUUGGCAGUCAAAGUGUGCUGCAUUGGCAUCGACGGUACAUGGAUGAGCAAGUCCAAAACUGUCAUUACUGGCCCUAGAAUCUAUGAUCCUGUUGAUGAGCUAAUCUAUGAACCAAGUCUACCAGGAGUAUGCUACUCAUUUGACAAAGAUGGCUAUUGGGAACAGGCAAUCUACUCGGUCACCUCGAAUCCAAUUGAGCCAAAGGCUCCAACUGCAGCCAUUAUUUGGCAGCAUGGGAAAUAUACCAUCCACAAAGAUGGCUCCAUGAGUUUGAAACCUUAUCCUUCGGAUGGCCGUAAGUUAUUUAGUGAUCCUAGCAAGUCAAAAGAGUCUAUAUACAUGAGGUAUAAUCAGGAAGAGAAAAUUGACCAUUUUGAUAUUGAAUACGACUAUUAUUAUGGUAAGUACAAACUCCAAUUGUAUUCAUUUGAUGGCUCCAAGAAACAACCACUAUGGUUGGAGUACAAUCCGCCAAUGAUGCUACCUACUUCUGUGCUCAACCCAACAAAUGAAAAGGAGAAAAAUGCUUUGGCUAAUAUAAACAGGAAAUUGAAGAGGUCUAUUGAAAAUAUAGGAAAGACACAAUUGACCAGGGUAGAUUGGAUAGAUAUAUGGAUGUUUCAUAUUUUCUCGGUCUUGGGGUUGGCAAUGGCAGUUGCUGCAUUGGCUUAUGUGUUAACCAUGUUAUCGAAAACUAGGAGAAAAUAUAAAUUAAAGUGA